AUGGGAAAUGAACAGUCAACAGGAACUAGUUCGAAUACACCAGCAACUCCAAAAACACCUGUCUAUCAUCCACACAUAACUGUUGUUAAUUCUGGUCCGAUUGGAGCAAGCGGUGCUGGUGGAACAUCAGCAAUUUCAUCCAUUACAGAUGAUAGUGAUUUAAAUAAAUUAGCAGCUAUUCCAAAAUUUUUACCAAUUCUUCGUUCAUCAAUUAAUUUACAAAAUGAUCCAAUGCAAAUUCCACAUCUUGAGAAUGGGCCGCUUUUACAAUUAUCCGUUCGUUUACAAACUCAUUUUCGCUUAUGUGCGGAAGUCGUACAAAAUGAGCAAACCCAAAUACUUAGUCUAAUGAAAGAAGUAGACACACGUUCCAAUUCUGUGCAGCAACGUCUGAAUGAUAAACAAAAACGUUUUCAUGCAUAUUGUGAACAAUCGAAAAAAUUACGUGAUGUUGCAACAUCGUUAAGACGUCUUGAUCAAUCAUUAACUGAAUUAGCCGAUCGAAUGCGUGCAAUUAAUUUAUGUUUACCACCAGAUGAUCAAUUAAGGCCAUUGUCGUUUCGUAAUAAAUCAAUAGAGUAA